AUGAGCUUCUUUGGGUUGCGGAAAAAACAACGACACGCGAAUGGUUCAAACGAUGGUGAUGUGGCGCAUCGGUCAGCUUCGUUUUGGGGUAGGCUUCUUGGUGUUGGCUCUUUUUCAUCUUCAUCGUUCGCACCACGGGAGGAGGUGCAUGGAGAUGGCACGGUGACGAGCUUGAAUGAACGAGGGGUGGAGACACCUGGGAGACCCGUAUUGCAAAGCGUACUGGAUGGUGUCCAAGGUGCAAGUGAACAGAGAGGUCGCGGCGUAGAGAAGCCAUUGCUUGACAGCAUAUCGGAUGGACAUCAUGGAUCUAGUCAAAUGGAGGACGGUUACAGCGAGGCGAAUUCGCAUGUGGAAGUGGAGAAGAGUCAGCUUGAAGAAGAAGAAGAAGAAGAUGACGAUGAUGAUGCGGAGUUUUUCGACGCUUCCGAGGUGAUAAUAGAGCAGCCACGCGAAAUGGAAUUGGAGUCAGUGGUUAUAGCCAUUGGAUCAGAGAAGAUACCACGCAAGGAUGAGGUCAACGCGGAGGAGACUGGGCUGGUGCAAAGUCGAAAUGAUGAAAAUGUGGGGGUUGGGUAUCUGCAAUCUAGCGAUGUUUCAACAGCGAGCGCACAGGACAAUGCGUUGCGGUCACGGUUCGUUCCGCGUCUCAAGGGUGAGUCCGUAGCGGAGACGGAGGAGGAGGAGGCCAAACGUGAGAGACGGAGAGAACGGAGGGGGACAUCUCAAACCCCCCGAGACUCACCGCAGGUCACCAAGAAAGAGCAAAAACCACGUGUGCGCAAGUUGAAUCUACUAGAGGAAUCCGAAGAAGAAGAAGAAGAAGAACAGCUAGCUGGGAGUAAUGACGAUGAAGCACUUGAAUCUCAACCCGUUAUAUCACCACUUCAAACCAAUUGGAAGCUAAAUAUAUCAAAUGACCGUUGGGAUUCAGACAUAAACAAUCACAGAGCGGAUUACCUCGGUACUAAACUGACGCCUCCAAGAGAGAAUCUAUCAUUUGACGAGACCGUUGAGCUAGUGUACACGGCAAAAAAUACUCAAGCUUUUGACAGACAUCGGACUCCGUCGCCAACUAGCUCUCAAGCGACCAACACCAACAAUGAUGAUGAUGAGCAUGCUGCAGACUACAUCCCGAAACGACGACGCAUAGGGCUAAGAAAAAGCAAAAGGUUGACUGGCAAGAAACUUCCUCCUAGAGUUAAAUCUGGUCUGCCAUCCUCACCAGAAUCGCCACCCGAGUACCACACGGAAAACUCAAGGAUCCAAAAUGACAAAAGAGAGCAACUUCUCCGAUCUUUGGAAAUCGAUGGCUUCACGCGGCACUUCCAAAGCCUUGAAGAACGGUUUCUGCAAGUACCGGCAAAUGUCCCGCGACGGUUGCGUAGCCGACGCUUGGAUCAACUAGACUCCAACUCGCAAAAAAGUAGUCGAGAGCAUACAGUUGACCAUGCCAAACCAGACUCUGAUGCACAGGAAGGUAAUCGACUACGCACAGUCGACCAUAUCGAUCUUACCGAAACGCAAGACGAAGAAGAAACUCCAGCGGGAGAGCAUGUUUCCUCUUUAGAUGGGGCAUUUGAAGCUGCUGCCGCAAAGCCCGAGCUUGAUUACGGUGACCAUGUCUACGGCAAAGACAAUGAUGACGCUGUGGAAGUUGAGAUUGAGACGCUGCUGGAAGACGACGACGACGCCAUCUUUGCACCCGCCCCUAGAAAAAAGCCCAAAAAAAUCACUGCCGCCAGAGUUGAUGGCAGAGUGCAUCUGAAAACUUCAUCGCGUAAUGGGGUAAAAUUUGGCAUUACUGAAUCACAAGAUUCAGACACUCACCAUUUCGAUGCCCCACCGAAAAGAUUGUCAUCUUUGCAAAACGCAGCGACUUUAAAACGCAAUCGAGAAAAGCCAGCCCCGGUCGUGUUUGGAGUCUUGCACGACAGCCCUGAAAAAGCGCCAUCCGGAUCGAGCGUGGCGCUUUUGUCCAAGGUGAUUGCUGGUGGGCAGAGUCCUGUCUCUCAACUCAGCUGUGUACCGGUUCCAACAGCUGUUCUAGACGCUACUGUUUCCCCAAAAGAUGGCACUAGCAAUAGCAAUAGCCAUAGCCAAAAAGCAGCACUAUCAGUUGACCUGGACGAAAUGCUGAAGCUGCAAAAGAAUCAUAAUGACACGACACGAGCAACGUUUGACAACCGGAGCCAGGAAUUCAGCAAACUGCCGAUUCUUUUGAAAAGCAGGCAAAGGAAAAUACGCGAAAAGUUGACGCAACGGGCUCGCAAGGUACAGGCCAAGCACAAGGUGUCGAAAGACAGGAUAAGAAGAAGAGGCAACACCAUAACAGUUGUCAACACCACCUCCGAAAGUGAAAGUGAAAGUGAAAAUGAAAAUGACAACGUCGAAGACUACAGGCCGUUUCAAGAUUCCGGUAGAUCCUGGAGUCAAAGUGACGAGCGCGAGGAACCCCAUCAUCGGCUGUCUCCUGUCACGAAUGAAAAGGAUGAUGUCCCAGCGGUUGAUGAAACAAGUAACCUUCAACAAACAAUCAACGAUUUUGAGCAAUACGACUCGUUGUUUGCUCGGGACUCGCUGCAGAGGGACCCAGUUGCUGAUGCAGUCGAUGCAUCGCGUGAGAGCCGAGGAACGAGCGGCAGAGAGAAAACCGCCACUCCUGCUGAAACUAUACGAAAUGGACAUGUCGGUCCUGAAGCUGUAGCUGUCGCAACUGCAGAGCUCUUGGAAAAAGGAAUCACGCCAAAAUCACAGAAAUCUAUCUCGGUUCCCAAUCAGGCCGCAGCCGGCGUCCAAGCUGCACCCAAAAGACAGACUCCAAUACGGAUCAGAAAGGAGGACGCAGAUCUCGUUGGAGGUGAUGUUGGUAAAAAGAAUAAAUCAUCACAGGCUGCAAACGCGAACGAUUCGUCCCCACUUUUGACUUGCAAGUCACCAGACGACGCCGCUAUAGCUACAAGCACACAAGAGCCUGUUAACAAGGACGAGAAUAUACUGGGUGAGCUGGGUAGAGUAUUUUCGGGGCUUCUGCCGCUGACGUCGGUGGUUAUGCAUUUGCGUAACGACGGUGGACCCAGUAGAGAUGUCUUUUCUUCGCAGCAUUACACAUUAACGAGCCCUUCUCCAAACCAAAACCAAAAUCUAAACCCUCAUACUGCUCACGACUUACUGGUGGCUGAAACAAAAGUGACCCCGAUCCGAAUUCCCUCGUAUCUCGAAACCAUCAAAGGGCUCAACCCAAGAGAAGGCGACCUAAAAAAUUUGUUUGAAGAAGAGUCCAAUAUUCCAUCUGCGCGCGAGAUUGCUGCCGAGAUCAAUAGAGAUCUAACUUUGCCGACAACGGCCCAAAAAGAUGGUGCCAGCGAUCCACUAAAUCACAUACAAGUGGAAAAGACCAUUUCGCAAAUCCACCUAUCCAACGAGAGCGAGAAACUCAGGAAAGAUUACACUGCGUUACUGGUGGUUUCGCCAACAGAAGUCAACAUCGGACCUAAACCAUUUGGAACAGCUUCCAAGUCCAAGGCUAACGACGCGGAAGACGAGAAAGACGAGAGUUUUGACAUGAGCCAAGUAGCGGAGCUUAUCGAGGACAUCUCCUCGGGGAAAUUGAAACCACGUAAACGGAAGAGAGAAGAACCGGCCGAGCAACCUGAAGAACUUGAGGAUCCCCUCGUGCCGGAGGAGACAAACAUGAACACGAAGAAGAAGAAGAAGAAGAAUAACACCAGAGCAAACAAGAGCAGGAGACGGAAGAGCAGGCGACGGGGCCAACAAGCAGCAAGCGAUUGA